AUUCUGUGUGUUAUAAGACCGUCAUUGUCCCCAAUAGAUUCUUCCUACUGUUACCAUCAUCGAUUUUUGCAACUCAGCUCCAUUCUCACAUCUUCCGAAGCUUAUCAUCGAGCCUCGCGUCCUCAGCCUUGCCAAAGUUACUAUCUCGACCACUCAACCACUAACACUUUCACCACCCGCCAAUCGUGGCUUGAUUCUGGAGGAGUCUGUCCAAUACCCCGUGCUGAAGUCCUCUAUGUCUACCUACAUCAACACUACUGCUCAAUUCGUCCACACUGGGACGAGAAUCAGAAGAUAUCUAUAUCGUUAACUACAUAAUUAUCAACAACAUCUGGGAAACAACCCACAGGAAAAGAUCUUCUACCAAUACCACAUCCAAUUUGGAAUUCGAAACAUUCACGAAUCACUUGAUAUUCACUACAACUCAUGGGCAAAAACAAAGCCAUAACCCCCCACGAGGGCCACGUGAGCGGGCAGUCCAACAAACCCUUAUCGCUGCCCGCCCACAGCCUGACUCUCGCCCAAGUAGUGGACGAAUUGAGCACCGAUACAUGGCACGGACUGGACACUUCCGAAGCAAAACGGCGCCUCGACGAACAUGGCGCCAACGACCUUGGAGAAACGAAAGGAGUCUCCGUCGUCAAGAUUCUGAUCGCCCAGGUCGCCAACGCAAUGACCCUCGUUCUGAUCCUCGCUAUGGCCGUCAGUUUUGGUAUCAGGUCUUGGAUCGAAGGUGGGGUUGUGACGUUCGUGAUUCUGCUUAACAUCGUUGUAGGGUUCUUUCAGGAAUGGUCGGCCGAGAAGACUAUGGAUUCGCUGCGGUCUUUGAGCUCGCCGACUGCAAAGGUGAUAAGAGAUGGCAAACAGUCGACCAUUCCGUCUCUUGAAGUCGUCCCUGGCGACGUUAUUGAGAUCAAGACAGGUGAUACAAUUCCCGCGGAUAUCAGAGUUUUCGAGGCUGUAAAUUUCGAAACAGAUGAAGCUCUUUUGACCGGAGAAUCUUUACCCGUUCGCAAGAAUGAAGAAGCUACUUUUCCCGAAAAGACUGGACCAGGAGAUAGAAUCAACGUCGCAUACAGUUCAUCAAACGUGACCAAAGGCCGUGCCAAAGGCGUGGUUUUCGCUACUGGUGUCUACACGGAGAUCGGAGCCAUCGCUUCUCAACUUCGCGAGACAGAAUCGAAAGUUCGACCGGUCAAGAACCGUGGCCCUAGCGGCCAUGCCAAACCACACCGUUACCUCGAAGCCUACACGUUGACCUUCACUGACGCGAUAGGACGGUUCCUGGGUUUGAACGUUGGCACCCCGUUGCAGAAGAAGCUAUCGAAACUCGCCAUUCUCCUGUUUGGAAUUGCUGUGCUCUGUGCCAUUAUAGUUUUGGCUGCGAACGAGUUCAGCUCUCGUCAAGAGGUCGUUAUCUACGCAGUAGCUACCGGGUUGUCAAUGAUUCCAGCCAGCCUUGUUGUUGUACUUACAAUUACUAUGGCAGCCGGCACAAAGAGCAUGGAAAAGCGCAACGUGCUCGUGCGAAAUCUCAAAUCGCUGGAGGCACUUGGCGGCGUCACUGAUAUCUGCUCCGACAAGACGGGCACCCUUACUCAAGGAAAGAUGAUUGCUCGUGGUGCGUGGUUGCCUGGUGUUGGGACAUAUACUAUUGAGAAUUCGACUGCACCUCAGGAUCCAACAGCCGGUGAUGUUCGGUUCAGUUCUGCAGAGCCUCGAAGGAUGCAACUCAAAACUGGUGGUUCUGCCUGCGGUGACAUCGUAGACUCGGAGAAACUUCAUUCCCGUCCGGAUGUCGCUUUACAACAUUUCCUCAACGUUGCCUGUUUGGCAAAUAUCGCUGCUGUGAAGAAGAACAACGAAGGCGCCUGGGAAGCCCAUGGAGACCCCACCGAAAUUGCCAUCCAGGUCUUCGCAGCCAGAUUCGGCAUGGAUCGUAGUCGUCUUACCAAGGGAGGUGAGGCCGAAUGGGAAGACCUGGUUGAACUACCUUUCGAUUCUACUGUCAAGAAGAUGUCUGUCAUUAUGCGUCACUCGAGCGGCAAUCUUAUAGCCCUCACCAAAGGCGCUGUCGAACGCGUGAUCGCGAGCUGUUCUUCCGUGUCCAAAGUUGGCUUAGGGGAUGAGUUGGAAGACAUGACUGACGACUUCUGCGAAGAGAUCUUGCGUAAUAUGGAAGCGCUCGCUAGCUUGGGACUCCGUGUACUUGCCCUAGCCAGCCGUCCUUACGAAGGACAAGUCGAAAAAGGAGCAGACGUUGAUCGCCAAUCUGUCGAAUCCGGUCUCAUUUUCCGCGGACUCAUAGGCCUCUACGAUCCUCCACGACCAGAAUCCUCCCCUGCCGUCCGACAAUGCCACGAAGCCGGGAUCGAAGUUCACAUGCUCACUGGCGAUCAUCCAGAGACAGCCAAAGCGAUUGCUGUGGAGGUAGGCAUCCUACCAUCUGCCGAGCGUAUGAAGCGAAUCUCUGCCGACGUUGCGAAAGCCCUCAUCAUGACAGCUGGAGAGUUCGACAGCCUGACCGACGAUGAAGUUGACAAGCUGCCUGUCCUCCCGCUUGUCAUCGCUCGCUGUGCGCCCAGCACCAAGGUUCGCAUGAUCGAAGCCCUUCAUCGCCGCGGCCGCUUCUGCGCAAUGACUGGUGACGGUGUGAAUGAUUCUCCCUCCCUCAAGCGGGCAGACGUCGGCAUCGCAAUGGGCCAAGCAGGAUCCGACGUCGCCAAAGAAGCAUCCGACAUUGUUCUCACCGACGACAACUUCGCCUCGAUUCUCGCCGCCGUAGAGGAAGGGCGUCGAAUCUUCGACAACAUCCAAAAGUUCGUCCUUCACGUCCUCGCCGAAAACGUCGCGCAAGCCGGCACCCUCCUCGUCGGCCUUGCCUUCAAAGACAACACCGGUCUCUCCGUCUUCCCGCUCGCCCCCGUCCAAGUCGUCUGGAUCAUCAUGGCCACAUCUGGAAUGCCAGACAUGGGCCUCGGCUUCGAACGCGCGGUCCCCGACAUCCUGCACCGACCCCCCGUAUCCCUCAAAACCGGCAUCUUCACCCUCGAAUUCCUCGUCGACAUGGUCGUCUACGGCCUCUGGAUCACCCUCCUCUGCCUCUCCAGCUUCACCCUCGUCGUCUACGGCUUCGGCGACGGCGAGCUCGGGUCCGGCUGCAACGAAACCUACUCCUCCUCCUGCCAUCUCGUCUUCCGCGCCCGCGCCACCACAUUCGCGUGUCUCACAUGGUUCGCGCUCUUCCUCGCCUGGGAAAUGAUAGAUAUGCGUCGCUCCUUCUUCCGCAUGCAGCCCGACUCCACCAAAUACUUCACGCAGUGGAUCAUCGACAUUUGGCGGAAUAGGUUCCUGUUCUGGGCCGUGGUCGUCGGGUUCGUGACGUUGUUUCCCCUCGUCUAUAUUCCGGUCGUUAACACGACGGUGUUUAAGCACGCGCCGAUUACGUGGGAGUGGGGGAUUGUGUUUGUGAGUGCGGGACUGUUUUUCGCGGGUGUUGAGGCGUGGAAGUGGGCGAAGAGGGUGUAUUUCCGGAGGCAGGAGAAGAUGCAAAGAGGUGCUAGACACGAGGAUAUGGAUGUAGAGGAUCGUGUUUUUGGUCGCUACUAUACCGACGACUCGAGUGUAACGAAUGAGGAGAAGGUAUAAGUUGUCGAGGACGGAGUGGCGUUACAGGGGAAGCAGGAGUAAGAGUGAGAGAGAGGAAGAGUGUGAGUUGACUGCGGAGGAAACAGAUUGCCAUCACCAAAAUUGUCCUUGUCUUUUGUCAUUGUAAGAGGUGGUCUCUGCCCCUCGUCCACUCAUUUUGUCGUAUAUAGUAUGUUUAGUCGUUCCUUACACAUAAAAUCCCCCAAAAAAAACAUUGCUGCG